AUGAUACCUCGCCUACCGUCCCGAUUACCCAUAGCUUUUUCACGUCUGUAUGGCAACAGCACCUAUUCAUCCAUUCUUAGAAGAAAGACAAAAAGAGGAACCGUCGACAAGACGUCUCGUGACCAUAUUCUCCAUCUAGACAUUAAAACAGCACUUGCUCAGCGGUCAGUCAGUCUAAGUCAGGUAAAAAUCCCAGAAAGCCUCAUACAUGACUUUCUAUUCACUAGAUCAAGUGGAAAUAUCGAGGUCAAAGAUGUGGUGAUCUCUUCGGUCACCAGUGAAGGUGAUGGACUCGGGUUGAUCCCAAGAAGUUCUUACAAUGAUACCAAUGGGGAUGAAUUGACAGUGGUGAAGGUGCCAAAGACUACCAUUGGUGAUAUCGUCAACGUGACACUCAGAAGGCAUCACGAGUAUUACGCUGAGGCAGAAUUGAUUAGUGUUUCUCGGAAAUCCCGGAAAACAAGCAAGAGAAACGAUCGGUUGGUGAUCUGUGAACAUUUCGAAGAGUGUAGUGGAUGCCAAUUCCAAAUGCUUACAUACGAGGAUCAGAUAGAUUUCAAACGUGACGUGAUACAGCGGGCAUAUCGUUAUUUUUACCCCGAUUUGGAUACUUCUAGCAUCGCCAACUUUGGCAACAUCUUGGAGUCCCCAAUGCAAUAUGCCUAUAGGACUAAAAUUACCCCACACUCGUCUGUGCAUAAGCAUCUUGAAUUGCUGGACCUUCCACUUCCGGUUGGCUUUGAUAGUGUAAGCCCUGGGAAGCGGUUGGUGGAUGUGAAUUACUGUCCAAUUGCGGCAGUGUCCAUUAACAAGAUGCUUCCAAAAGUGAAGAGCACAUUUCAAGAAGAUGUGAAACGGUACAUCGAAACAAAACCAACAAAAAGAAUCAACUCCAACUUUAUCUUGAGGGACAGUGUGAGAAUUGAUCACAACACUGGGGAGUUUGAGAACGUGUGUCUUACCAACAGGAAGAACGUGAUAACAGAACAAGUAAACGACGUCGUUUUUCAGUUUGAGGCUAAUGAGUUUUUCCAGAACAAUCGGUCCAUCUUGCUGACGUUCUUAGAUUUCUUGACACACCAACUUUCUCAGGUUAACGGAGGGUACAAUUACUUGGUCGAUGCAUACUGCGGAUCAGGAUUUCUUGGGAUUGCGCUAGCCAAGACGCUCCCAGAGGAGGGAAAAGUUUUUGGAAUUGAAAUCGCUAAAAGGGCCAUUGACUAUGCUCACCACAACGCUAAAAUCAACGGUUUGUAUGUUCCAGACAAGAUCGAGUUUGUACAUGGUAAUUCAGAUGCCAUGUUCACUGACGAGACGUUUCUCAAAUCAGGAGUGAAAGGUGAAGACUGUGUUCUUCUCAUGAACCCUUCCAGGAAAGGAUCAACACCAGAAUUCAUGAGACAAAUUUUAGACUUCAAACCUAAGGCCGUAGUUUACGUGAGUUGCAAUGCGUUCACGCAAGCCAGAGAUUUGGCAGAUUUGGAAAGAUUCCAACAAAGAUCCAGUGCAAAAUACAAGCUUAAAGGUGUCACUGGCUUUGACUUCUAUCCACAAACCAAACAUGUGGAGUCGGUGGCUAUUCUCGAGUUGUUGUAA